AUGCUAUUUUCAGAUGUUAAGAGAAGGAGAACUUCUUUUAAGAAGAAUGGAUGCCCUGCUGUUUCAAAGUUCAAGAAUCUCCGAUGUUCUUUAAUGUUCUACAUUUAUGUGUUUGUUGAAGAUCACAACUAUGAACUUGUUGCUCAAGAUCAAUUGGACUUAUUAAGGAUUAAUAGGACAAUGGAUUUUCUUGAUGAAUCCUUUAUACAUAAGGUUGGUACUUGUAACAUUGGUGCUUCAAAAGCUUAUAACUUGGUGAGUAGUAUGAAGGGUGGCUUUGAUUCUAGGGGAGGGACUGUAGUUGACUUUAAAAAUUUUCGUAGAGAUUUGUAUUCUAAAAUUGGUGUCAAAGAUUCCCAAAUGGUUGUGGAUAUAUUGACAAAUAGAAAGCUGUGUUUCUCUAAUUUUUCAUUUGAGGUCCAAAAAGAUGUUGAUGAUCAUCUUACUGGACUUUUUUGGGCUGAUGAUACUUCGAAAGCCAACUAUAAAGAAUUUGGAGAUGUACUAUCUUUUGAUGCUACUUAUCAAACAAACAAGUAUUCUAUAGUAUGUGUUCUUUUUACUGGAGUUAACUACCACAAGCGUUAUGUUACUUUUGCUGCUGAUCAGGAUUCAUCAAUGAAGAAAGCUAUUAAUUUUGUUUUUCCUGAAUCGAAGCAUAAACUAUGCAUGUGGCACAUCACUCAAAAACUUGAGGAAAAGAUUCCUAUUGAUGUUUAUAACCAUCCAGACUUCCAGAAGACAUUUUUUUGA